GAAAAGAACAAUAAAUAGUGAGAGGCAGAGGCUUUGGGAAGUGACAACUGAGACUCAUGCAAAACAUAUCACCUUUCUGCAGCUUUUUCAUUACUCAUUCUUUUCUCUCUAUCAAACCAUUCUCAUUUCACUUUCAGUUCUUCUUUCUUCCAUGACUUCUUCACAGAACCGUACACUCACAGCUCUCGUCAUUUUUCAAAACUUCUUGUUUCCAGUGAUGUAUAGGUCGGUGCGUGUAUACGGAUCAGCGGAAGGAAAAGAAGAAAUGGAAGAAAGGGAGUAUUUGCUUCGUGAAACAAGUAACUUUGAGGAAAUUGGGUUUGAUCGAGUUAUCACAUUGUACAAAUUUGAUGUGUCUGCACAGUUUGUAGGGAACCUAAAUGGUGUAUGGAGAUGUAUGUUUGUGUAUGACUCCAAUCGCUACCAAUCAACCAGUGUUGAUACUAGUCCUGAGUGGCUUUCGAUUGCUGAAAAUCCUAAGAUGGAAUUUAUACCAACAUUAGCCAAUGAUCUGCGUGCUAUACCUGAGUUAGCACUAAGUGUCGAAGAGGAAAGUGGAGGUAACGAUAUUAAAAGCCAUCAGCCAGAAAAGAAAAGCCGUGUGCCUUUACCGGACCUUAACUCUCUGCCUUGUUCAGACUUGGAGACUGAAGAAAAUGACCAAAAUGUGUCAGAAAAAAAGAAACGGAGGGCAGCAAACACCGAAGACAUAGCAAGACUCUCUUUAGAAGAUCUUGCCAAGUACUUUGACCUUACAAUUGUCGAGGCUUCAAAAAAAUUGAAGGUUGGAGUUACAGUACUCAAAAGGAAAUGCAGGGAGUUCGGCAUCCCUCGAUGGCCACGUCGGAAGAUCAAAUCUCUCGACAGUCUCAUACUUGAUCUCCAGAAAGAGAUGCAACAACAACAGGAGGAAGACGAGUUAGCAGCUAUUGCAGUGGAAGAGAGAAAAAGAAUGAUAGAAUGUGAAAGAGAAAGCAUAGAAAAGAAGCCCUUCAUGGACAUACAGGAAGAAACAAAAAAGUUUAGACAGGUUAUUUUCAAGAGAAGAUACAAAGCCAGAGUUCUUGAGACACAUCGAAAGUUAUCGCUGUUAUAAAGUAUCAGACAUUAGAUAGUUAAAGGAGCACCUGAGGAAAUGUAAUAUGUUAAAAAGGAAAACGUACUCAGCGAUCGAAAGCCACUCAGGACUAGCAUCAACACUAAUCGGUUGAUCGCGAUCGGAGUCAUACACAAACAUGCAUUUCCAUACACCAUUAAGGUUCCCUACAAACUGCGCAGAGACAUCAAAUAUGUGCAAUGUGAUAACUGGAGCAAAUCUAAUUUCCUCAAAGUUACUCGUUUCAUGAAGCAAAUACUCCCUUUCUUCCAUUUCUUCUUUUCCUUCCUCUGACCGAUAUACAUUCACCGACCUAUACAUCACUGGAUAGAGAAAGUUCUGGAAAAUGACAAGAGCUGCGAGGGUGUGGUUCUGUGAAGAAGCCAUGGAAGAAAGAACAGAAACAUAAAGUGAAAUGAGAAUGCUUUGACAGAGAAAAGAAAGAGUAUUGAGGAAGCUGCAGAAGGAUGAAAGAAGAGAGGUGCUUUGCAUGAUUCGAAAGAUAAUAAUUGGAGAAGCAUCAAGUGCUCUUCUAGGUGUGAAAAUGAGAACUUUAUCCCUAAAAUAUCAUCUUUAUGUCCAUAUUAAGACGACAAAGAGUAUCAAGAGUAAAAAUCUGUUCUCAUAUCUUUAUGUAUGUCAUAAACUUUUGUAAUUACAAAUAUGAUUCUGCAUGUAGUUUAUAUUGUUAAAAAUAUCGGAUGUCCAAGUAGAUGCUGAUAAAGGAAGUAAAACAGGGUGCAAUAACAGUACAUUUGAUGGUUGUCUGAGACUCCUUUCCUUCUAUAGUACAUGGAGGAGCAUCUCCUUCUAUCUGUAUGUUGAGUUAUUGAGUAUCCAUUUCAUUCUAAUGAAAAUGGUUCAAGCUUAGUUUA